AUGAACGGGACUCCUCGCCUGCCGUCGUCAUUCCCCUCAACUCCCGGCAGCGGAGGUCGAGGUGGAAAUAGAAAUGGAAGUGGGAGUGGAAAUGCGACUGCCAAUACGAGUCCAGUGGGGAGCUUGAGUGGGAGCGGCCAGACCAGGUCUUCCCUCCCCAGCGUCCCCCAGACAUCGACCACGGUCUCCUCGAGUGCGCCAUUGAUUCCGGUCACCCUCAUCGACGCACCUAGCCAGCGUCUGUAUACCCUCGCGAUCUAUGGCCUGCUCCUGGUGUGGCGUCUAUACGACUGGUGGCUCUUGGUGGAAGAGGAUACCCAUUCUAUCGCUCUCUUUGUGAAGUGGGCUUGUAUCGACCUGAUAUUCCUGUUUGGUGUGCCACUACUGCGCAUACCAUGGCUGGAAUGGUCGGAUACGACGUGCCUAUCUGCAUAUUUCCUACAUGCGUUUAUAAAUGGCAUGCUGAUGUUCAGAAUACCACUCCCAAUCGAAGGAUGGCUACUUUUCCUCACAAAAACUCUAUUUGACAGGGAAAUGUCUAUUUCCGAAAAUAGUGUCCGUCCUGCUAGCAUUUUGCACAACGCCUCGCUCAUCAUGGGCAAGCAAAUUAUCAAUAUCCUUCCUGAAGGUUCCGCGACUAUGAAUCCGGAUCAGUUGACUUUCUGCAUUGAAAGCAGCCACCCAACUGUUGAAAUCCCACUAUUCUUCAACCAGACGAAACCUCAGCAUAUCGAAUUACUCCGCUUCGACUUGGAGACAAAUAAAAACGAGACUAUCACUCUAUCACACAAAGAGAUGAAGCACCGUACCCAACUGGAUGAGGACGUGACUGUUAUCAAUUAUAUUACGAAACGGCCUGGGCUUUACAGACUUCAUAACGUUAUCGACAGAUCAAAAUUAGAAGUUCAACGCAGGAUGUCUGACACGCUUGUUGUUACAUGCCCUAAAGGAACCAUCAAAUCAACUUCUUCUAGCAAGUGUGUGGGUGACUUGUCUGAUUUAACUAUGGAGAUCGAGGGUACUCCCCCGCUCAAAGUUGUGUAUAGCCGCACUUCAAAUAAGGACCGGAGCAUCCACCACUUCCAAAGCAUCCAGCCAGAGAACUUCGUUUCUCCAUUACUCAGCUCUAACCGUGCUAGCACAGUUGUCCCCGCAGGAAGUCAAGAUGUUUCAUGGGCGCGAGCACACCGUAUCAGUGUUCCCUUGAAUGAAUCCAUGAUACCUAGUGGCCGAUGGCUAUACUCCAUCGAUGAGAUCCAUGACGCAGUAGGCAACGUGGCCAAAUUUUCGUCUGGAGCGGAUGAUGGGGAGAAUACUUAUCCUAAGGGCACCCACCUGGAGCAAGAAUUCAUCGUUCAUGAACGGCCUGUUGCCCGUUUAUCGGGUUGCGAUUCCCGAAGCCCCUUGAUGGUUGCCAAGGGGAGAUCCGUCCCGUUGUCUAUCCUGUAUAAGUCUACAGGCCGAGACCGAAUUCUAGACCGAACUCAGGCCCCAGGCCGAGAACCUCCUGACACAUCUCACACUAUUACUUGGAAAUUUUCUCCCCUGAAUAGUCUUACCAAGACUGGAGAUCACGGAAAUGAAGUAGUGGAGCAAGAAUUUAUUGCCAAAACAGCACAUCACAACCCUACGAUUCGAGAGCCGGGGCUAUACACCAUCACCAGCGUGAAGAGCCAAUUUUGUGAGGGUGAAGUAAAGGUGCCCGAGUCCUGCUUGCUGCUCAACCCACCUGAGCCUCAGUUAACAAUCAGCUCUCAAAAAAUCGAUGACAAAUGCGCAGGCAACCCAAUUGGCCUGCUCGUCGAUCUUAAUCUUAUUGGCACACCUCCAUUUACUGUGUCGUACAUCACUACGGGCCCCACUUCCUCCGGGGGCGAGGCCCAAACAGAGCAUGAUGUGAAGGUGUCGGGCUUGCGGCACCAGUUCGAACUAAAACCCGAAAACGCUGGUCACUACAAAUACCAUUUCACUUCUAUCAGCGACUCAGUGUAUGAGUCUCACCACUUGACUGGAGCUGGACUGGUAUUGGAACAAGAUGUGAAACCACCUGCUGUGGCAGUUUUGCUAGCCCCACGUCAGCUUGACGCGUGCCUGGAUGGACAAGUAGAGAUGGUUGUCAGCUUACAUGGAAAGCAGCCCUUUACGUUAGAGUAUGAGCUCAUCUACGACGGUAAAAGAGAGAGGGAAAAGGUAUCGGGAAUCGAGGAAGAAUUUUACCAGAUCAAAACCCGCCCUCUGUUGAAAGGCGGGGAAUAUUCUUUGGCCGUUACCAGCAUCCAGGAUCGAACAGGUUGUAAAAUCUUUCUUAAUAGCGAGGCCAAAUUCACGGUUCGGCAUCAACGCCCGAAAGCAUCUUUUGGCUACCUGCAAGGCAAGCAUACAAUUACCCAGGUUGUAGGGGAAUUUGUCGAACUACCCUUGCGUUUGACAGGAAAGGCACCUUGGAAGGUUACAUACCGCAACAUCAACAUUACAGACAGCAGACCCAAACAAAGAUCUGCAUCGUCCCCCAAUGACUUUAUUAGAGUCCUUGAGCCUGGCAUAUAUGAGAUUCUGACUGUAGCUGAUGGCCAAUGCCCUGGGACGGUUGACCCUAAAGCGUCUAGAUUUGAGGUUGAUUGGUUCCCCACACCCCAAAUUAAGGUUGCGGACACAGCAGCUUUUAUAGAACAGGGCAACAAGUGGCUUAAGCGGGAGGUUUGUGAAGGAGACAUCGACGCUAUGGAGGCGCAGCUCACAGGUGAGGCUCAUAUUUCCUUUUGUUCACCGAAAGUAGCGGCAAUACUGACCUUUGCAGGCACACCCCCAUACAAUAUUAAGUAUCAGGUUCGCCACAAGUCUGACCGCGGAUCCGGCUCUGUUAUCAACAAGGGGUUCGAGGCUGCGUUUGGUACAGCCACAAUCUCCAUGGAAACGAGUAAGGCUGGUUCCUAUGAGUACACGUUCACCGAGGUCUCUGAUUCCUUGUAUGACUACUAUACGCCAUCUAAACCUUUGGUGAUUGAACAAAAGGUUAACCGGAAGCCUUCGGCAAGCUUCGUCAAGCCUGGGCAAUCUUACAAGUACUGCAAGGAUGAGCUGGCUGGUGAUGAGGUCAUUCCGAUUCGAUUGGAAGGCGUUCCCCCAUUUAGUCUCGAAGUCGACAUUAAACAUCAAAGCAGUUCCCGGCCGGAGACGGUGAAGAUUGCCAAUAUUGAGUCAACUAAGUACGACUUUAGGAUCCCACAUCGCGUGCUUUCCCUUGGAAUCCAUCACGUUAGUGUACGAAAAGUGCGGGACUCGCGAGGAUGUCAACAGAAAACGGAGUAUGGAGCGCCCCACGUACAAGUCCAAGUCUACGAUGUCCCGACAAUCCACCCCUCAGAAUCACGCACCGAUUACUGUGUUGGAGAGCGAAUAUCCUAUACCCUUUCGGGAGCAGCGCCCUUCGAGAUAUUCUACACGUUUGAAGGCGUACAAAGGAAAGCAAAAUCUUUAAGCACAACCUUUAGACGUAUUGCAGAGAAGCCCGGCAACUUCUCCAUCACCGGAGUAUCAGACCGGGCCAGUGAAUGCAAGGCCCGUAUCAAAACCACGAAGCUCAUCCACGCGAUGCCGAGUGUCAAAAUCAGCAAGGGCAAACAGGUGUGGGUGGACAUUCAUGAAGGCGGCGAGGUACCAAUCCUUUUCGAAUUCUGGGGGACGCCGCCUUUCGAGUUCACAUACACUCGAAGCACGAAUGCGCGGAAGGGACAGAAAUCACAGGUAUUGGAGACGAGACGGGAAGUCUCACACGAGCACAGCAAAACGGUAAUGUCCUCGCAGGAGGGCACAUACGAAGUGGUGGCGAUUAAGGAUAAAUUCUGCUCGUUCUCCACGCAGAAAGCCGAUAAUGCGAGGGGUGGACAAAAGCUCCUCCAAUUCUGA